AUCUUGAAAAUAUGCCUUAUAAUUUUGCAGCAUGUGUGUUGCUGACCAAUGUUGACAGAAAACUGGGUCUGGGAACGAAGAUUUUAAUUAGAUCUUGCGGUAAGUACCAUAACGAUAUACCAGAUUAUGUAUGGCGUGUUUACAAAGGGUUCUCACCAGGCAUCAGAAGAAUGUAGCCCGACUGGCCAAGAGGUGUCUUUCAUCAACCAAUCAUGAUGGGUUCAAAGUUCGCCAACUCCAUGAAAAGGAAUCUGCCAGCCUUGCCAACAGUCAGACAACAGAGGGCAGCAGACUCACAAAUGAGGACUUGAAACUGUUCCACAGAGUCGACCCAGAGGGUUUCUUCGUCGCCUUGGACAAUGCAGGGGACAUAGUCGGGACGAUAGGUGCUGUGAGGUGGACGGACAGACUGGGGUUCAUAGGGUUUUGCCAUGCAGGAGAACAGGCCAAGGAUAAAAUUAAAGGAGUUGAAGAAGCUCUAUGGAUGGCAGCCAUGGAACAUCUAGGAGACAGGAAUGUUGGUAUCGAGGUUGACGCCUCUGAAGCAGAGAAGUGCAGCCAGCUUGGUUUCCAGGAAGCAUGGAGAUCUGGAUGUUAUAAAGGAGUGGGCGUGUCACUUCUUCCAGAAGCUCAAUCAACCAAGAUUGUCAGAAGGAUCACAGAGAUGCCUUUCAGUAAGGUGGCAUACUUCGACGAAGACCUAUUUGAUCUACAGAGGAUGAAGUUCUUGUAUCGCUGGGCAAACAUAGAUCCUCCUGCUGGCCACUCUUAUGCCCUCAGUGAAAACGAAAACGUGAUGGGUUACGGUGUCAUGCGGCAGCUGAACCUCACCAAGAAGUACCGCAUCGCUCCCCUCUACUGCCAGCACACCGCCGUAGCUCAGGUCCUUCUUCUAGCACUCCUGCACAACAUCCCAGAUCAAACGGUUUACAUCGACUCUCCGCUCUCCAACCCGUCUUUCACAAGGAUACUGACUACGGAUUUGAAGAUGGAGCAGAUUGGGGAGAGGGUGCGGAUGUACACCAAGGGUGACCCGGGCAUGCCCCUCCAGAAGAUGUUUGGAACUUUGGGAAGUGACCUGGGGUCAUGACAUUUGACCUUUUGACAACCAUGUGCUCCAUGAUUUCAAAGGACCUACAGUAUUGGAUUGAAAUUGAUGCUAGAAAUUGAAAUCUUGAUUUAGAAUCAGAUGUGCCCCUCCAGAAGCUGUUUGGAACUGUGAAAGUGAACUAGGGUCAUGACCUUUGACCUUCACGUUAAUGGCAGACAGGUGCUUCACGAUUCAAAAGAACAUGGUUGAUUUUGAAUAUUUAUAUUACAUGUAUACUUUCUCUGAGAACUCAUGAAAUCUUGAUUUACUCAUAGGCAACCACAGCAAAGGUGGAACUGGCAUGCCCUCGAAGAUAAUUGGAAGUGACCCAAGCUAUAACCCUAGUUCUUGCCUUUUGUAGGACAGGCACCUUGGGGUUAUAUCAAAACAGAUGAAAUUUACAUUUGCUGCACGAGCUAAUGAAUGUUGGACUUAGUAUGGAAGCUUAAUAACACACAAAUAUGAUAUUAUUUAGGACAAGAGAAGAAAAUGAGUCAUUAAGGUGGGAAGGUUCUGGUUUUCAUCAAACUGACUUGGAGAGGGGGUAGUCCGGGAUACCAUACACUGCCCAAUAUUUCACUCUUCCACCUCCCCUUUCUCUUCUUUUUUCUCUCUCUCUCCAACUAUCACCACUCCUGCUCCCCCCCCCCCCUCUCUCUUUGUUGUGAUUAUCUAUCAAAGUAAAAACAACUACAGUACAUGAAAUCUUGAAAAGUCACUAAAGCAAUUGUGCUUUGGGGACCCUUUGCUGCUUUUGUGACAAUUAGUCCCAUCUUGAUCUCUGGAAAGACAUUGGGGGCUUAAGUUUAGCUUAAUGCAGGUGGGUGUUUCAUUGAACAGUUCAUUGAGUUUUGAACGACUGGAACAUGUUCUUAGGUGUGAAGUCUGUUAAUUAGGUAUGUAUCAUUUACCACAAGAAAGGGUCACCAGUCAUUCGUAAAUUCAAUCGUAACUUAAGAACAGCUUUAUGAAACACCCACUGGUGCAUAUAUCACAAAACUGUUACUGUUGUCCCCUGGAAUGUAAGCCAAAGCAAUAGAAUACACAAUCAUGGAAAGUAAUAAAUACAAAUUUUAUUAU